UGAAUGACAGCGCUUCUUCGUCGUGUUUACCGCUUGCCCACAGCCUGCGGGCAAGUUUUGUAGAGAAGAAAAACAACUGAAACCCCUACAAUCGGUACACAGGUGCUCUCAGGUCACUUGAAAUACGCCCCGAUGGCUUCGACCGCUUGUUCUAUCCUGGUGUUACUGGCCACUUUGGUCGGUUACUUCUUCUUCAAGUUGAGAAAGAACCGUAUGAAGAUACGGCGACUCCAACAAGCUGGAAUUGAUAUGCCCGCUGAACAUAGCUUCGUCUGGGGUCAUCUCCUGCAGAUGGCCGAAGCCCAGAAAUCAUUCCCGGUCACGGCGAGCAAUGACUACGGAAUCGCAACUCUUGCUAAACCGUUCACAAACGGCAUUUUCCUCAUCGACACAUGGCCUUUUAGUCUACCUCUUCUUGUCAUCAGCACGCCCACUGCCGCUAAUGCGUUACAAAAGUACAGUACCUCACUUCUCAAGCCAGCCGACGUCAACGGACCUCUGAACACGCUCUGCGCAGGGCCCAGCAUGAUGACUAUGCCCGAGGAUCAAUGGAAACAGUGGAGGCUCUUGUUCAACCCCAGCUUUAGCAUCACCUACCUCACACAAUUGGCACCAACAGUUGCUAGCGAAGUGUCGAUAUUUUGUGAGAAGCUGAGGAGAGUGGCAAGAGAGGGCAAAGUCAUUCGACUGGAACCCCUCGCUUCGCGGUUGACGAUUGACGUAGUCGGGAGAAUCUCUUUCGGCGAACCUAUGGGCCAUCAACACCGAGAUAACCCGAUCGCUGCUACGAUCCGGAGUCAAGCCAAGUGGAUAAGCUUUUCUCCCAUCGUUGAGCCCUGGACUGUGCUCAACCCGAAAAGGCCAUUCAUUCUGUGGAAUAACAAUCGUCUUUUCAAGAAACACAUUGGCGCGGUUAUCGACAAGCGAUUCGCUGAGGCCAAAGCUGCCACACUGGAGAAGCCAAAGGCAAAAGCGUUACUCCCUGCAGCUCUCGAAAGCUACAUCAUCGACGCUCGUAGGAAUGGUGUAUCGCCUGAUCAUUUGGAUCCCAGCUUCAAAUCAUCGCUGAUAAGCAAUUUGAUUAUCUUCAUGGUGGCAGGUCAUGAAACUUCAAGCACCACGAUAUGCAUGUGCUUCAAUACUCUGGCCAUGAACCCCGAGUAUUUGUCCCGCGUCAGGGCCGAGCAUGACAUAGUGUUCGGUACUGAUGUAUCGACGGCGCACAUAAUGAGCAUUGUCCAGCAGGAGCCUGAACGUCUCAAUCAACUACCUUAUACCUUAGCCGUCAUCAAGGAGACCUUAAGAUUAUAUCCGCCAGUAUCCGGUAUUCGUAUGGGCACCCCUGAGGUCAGCCUCCCUGACGACUCCGGCAAACUGUUCCCUACAGAAGGCGUCAAGAUCUGGACAAACCAUACUUCAAUGCACAUAAACGCAAAAUACUGGCCAGAGGCCGAAAAAUUCCUUCCAGAACGCUGGCUUGCGAAAGAAGGUGAUCGCUUGUAUCCUACGAAAGGGGCUUGGCGUCCAUUUGAACAAGGAGGACGUAACUGUAUCGGUCAAGCUCUAGCGCUCAUUGAAUUGAAGUUAGUCUUGGUGAUGACCCUCAGAGAAUUCGAUUUCGAACCUGCAUAUGCUGCGGACGAUGGCGAGAUUUUUGGAAGCAAGGCCUGGAUUGCUGGAAACCAGGGAGUUGGAGGGACACCAAAUCAGGAGUAUCCGGUUCGUGUUCGGUUUGCCAAUCGGACCUAAGAUCAUCUUCGUUCACUUCCGCAUGUGACGCAACACACCGAGGUUUGAUAUCCAAAUACCCUUGUACUAGCAUGACUGCGAAGGCUGAUCUACACGAUUAUUCUACGCGACUCGCUUUCAUCCGAUGCCCGAUGUUUAUUGUAGAUUGCGUCGCGUCCAGUUUUGGCGAAGUGCGAGUUGCCCAUUGGCCCGUGUGGGCCAUGAAUUACAAGGUUCCC